AUGAAGAGAAUUGACUAUCAGUUCGACCUCAGAGUUUUUACGAUUGAAGAAACUAAAAAAGAUUGGAUUUGCUCAGAAUUAAAAUUUAUUAUUCAUCAUCAUCACAAUUUAUUACAACUCCACAAAUUAGCACAGAAGUUACUGAGUUCUAUAUUUCUUGUAUUACUUAUGGGCAUUGCUUUUGAUCUUGUUUUAAUUGGCACUUGGAUGGUAAUUUUAUUAGAUAAAGAAGUAAUUGAAGCCUUAAAAAUGAUCAUGGCGUUUUUAAUAAUCCAGUUCACAGUCUUUACAAUGUGUAUUCCGAGUCAAUUGAUGAGUAAUGCAAGUUAUGAUUUAUUCGUUCAAAAUUAUUCUACUAACUGGUACAAGUAUCCACCACAAGCCAGGCGUAUGUUAGUAUUAUUAAUAGCGGGGACUACGAGAAACUUUGAAAUAAAAGCUGGUCCAAUAUUUAUAAUGACUUUUGAAACUUGCAGUAGUCUAAUUAAGUUAUUUCAGGAACUCAAAAAAGACAAUGUUGAUAGUAACACCGUAGUAGAAUGUGCUCUGCAGAUAUCAGUGUAUUUUCGGCAUCUACAAGGUUAUAUUUUUAUAAGUACUAAUUUCGAUAUGGUUUUAAAAUUUUUAGCAAUCAUGAAUCACAUAUUUCAAAACAAUAGUAAAUUAGGACAGAAAAUCAUCAUGCAUAGAGUUGAUAAAGCCUUAAAUUUGAGUACUUUACAAUCAGUGGCAUUUAUUUUAAUGUGCAUUAGCUACGUCAUAACUCCAUUCACUUUCCAAACUUUUCUUUCGUGGAUAUUUCCAGAACACUACAUGAAGAGAAUUGACUAUCAGUUCGACCUCAGAGUUUUUACGAUUGAAGAAACUAAAAAAGAUUGGAUUUGCGCAGAAUUGAAAUUUAUUAUUCAUCACCAUCACAAUUUAUUACAACUCCACAAAUUAGCACAGAAGUUACUGAGUUCUAUAUUUCUUGUAUUACUUAUGGGCAUUGCUUUUGAUCUUGUUUUAAUUGGCACUUGGAUGGUAAUUUUAUUAGAUAAAGAAGUAAUUGAAGCCUUAAAAAUGAUCAUGGCGUUUUUAAUAAUCCAGUUCACAGUCUUUACAAUGUGUAUUCCGAGUCAAUUGAUGAGUAAUGCAAGUUAUGAUUUAUUCGUUCAAAAUUAUUCUACUAACUGGUACAAGUAUCCACCACAAGCCAGGCGUAUGUUAGUAUUAUUAAUAGCGGGGACUACGAGAAACUUUGAAAUAAAAGCUGGUCCAAUAUUUAUAAUGACUUUUGAAACUUGCAGUAGUAUAUUUCAAAGCUCUAUGUCGUACAUAGCCACUUUCAAAACAAUGUAUACUGCGUUUCAGUAA